AUGAGCUACCAGCCCGUCAUUAAGGACUCCGAUAUCAUCGAUGGUCUAAGUGUCAAGUACCUCAAAUUCUACGGGCUAUGGAAAGUCAUCAACGACUACAGGACCACUGGAGAGAAGAACGCCAUGAUAAGAUUACAUAUAUGGGGCACGAUAUUCCUUGUAGUGCAUCAGUGCUGUUUUGGGAGCCAACCAGACAUGAGCUACCAAUCCGUCAUAAGGGACUCCGAUAUCAUCGAUGGUCUAAGUGUCAGGUAUAUCAAGUUAUACGGGCUAUGGAAAGUCAUCAACGACUACAGGGCAACUGGGAAGAUGAACAGGAUCAUAAAAUUUCAAGUUUUCGGACACUUAUCCUUGUUUUCCCGUGCUUUGCUUGUCAAUUAA